AUGAAUCGCUGUGCGAUUGAGGUCAUGAAGGACAUCAAAGAUAUUAUCAUGGCCUAUGGAGAGAGUGACGAAUACAGUUUUAUUAUCCCAAAGAGUUCGAACCUCUAUUCUCGUAGAUCGAGCAAAAUCUCUUCCACCAUUGUCAGUUUAUUUGCUUCGAAUUUUGUCAUGAACUGGGCUGAAUAUUUUGGAGACGACAAACUUUUAUACGCUCCUUGUUUCGACUCACGUACAGUGUGUUAUCCCAAUGAUAAAGUGUUACGAGACUAUUUGAGCUGGAGACAAGCAGACUGUCACAUCAAUAACCUGUUCAACACAACCUUUUGGGCUCUUGUUUUAAAGGGUGGCAUGACGGAAAUCGAAGCCGAGAAAUACUUGAAGGGCACAUUAUCCAAGGAUAAAAACGAAAUUUUGUUUUCUAAAUACGAUAUCAAUUACACCAAGAUUGAUCCCAUCUAUCGUAAAGGUUCCACCAUUAUUCGACAAAAGACAGAGGUCACCACCAUUUCGCCACGUAACGGCGAACCCGUUACACGCAUUAAACUUAUACCUACCGCUGUUUAUGACGAUAUUAUUGGUCAAACCUUUUGGGAUGCUCAUCCGGAAUUGUUGGAGGAAAAAAAAAGAAACAAUAAUCAUGCAUAA